AUGCUGGGCGCCGCCGCCGCCGACGGUGGCUGCCCGAAGCGUGGCGGCGCCGCUGCCUUCUGCGAGCUGGCGCCCUCGCCCUCGCCCUUGCCGGCCGGCGGCGCUGGCGGCGCAGCAGGCUUCUCCGCGCCAAACUUGACGCCGCCGAAGAGGCUCGCGGAUGCCGAGGCAGCACCGAGUCAACGCGCGACGACUUUGGAGGCGGAGGCUCGGCGAUGA